AUGGGGUCUGCCCACCGACUGAACUCUGUCGUCCUUCUUGCCGCCGACCGUCGCAUCGAGCGAGAGUAUGAUGAAUUCGAAACUACGGCGUCCUGUCAUGGCGUUCCAUCGAGGCCCGAUGAUAAGAUCUACAUGGUAGAAGAGCACGCGUCUUCCAUGCUCGUUUUUACAAGCCUCUCUUCUAAUCAUUCCGAGAUCGCCAUGCCAUCCAGCCACCAUCCACCCAGCGAGACCGACUCUCCGUUAAGGGCGCAUCUUGAGCGCUCAUCUCACUGGUCGCACCCCUACCUGUCAGUGAUGCGGCACCCUGGGUCUCAUUCUCGAUGCAACAUAAUGCUGAUGAGCGCUGGCUCAAUGCCACCAGGGAUGUGUCCGACCCCGGAUUUGAGAACGAGACCAAAGACCAGGGUAAGCGAGGCUACUCCCGAACCGCAUUCCAGCUCCUGCGAGAAGGUAGACAUCCACAGCCGAGCCAGCAUCGAUGCACGUUCUGGAGGUCGAGAAUCAGUCGCGAUCUACCAAGCCCCUCUUGGUCAUGCUCCAUAAUACGAUCGCGUCUCCUCUGUCACCUUGAACUGCCCGUUCUAGAACUUGACCCGCCUUGAAGCUAUCGGUGGUCUGCCCUGAGGGUUGUGUAUCCGCCUUUGGUGCCGUCAUGCAAGCUGUCUUUUUCAUCACACCCAUUGAGCAGUUAAAGUUCGUUUCGUCCACGGCGAACAAACUUUCCCUAGAUGUUUCUACGUUGGGCAGUUGAAAAGGAAUACAUUUCGGUUACUCAAGCGAUUGUGGAGAGUCGGGGAGAAAUGGGUCGUGAGGUGCUUAAACCUUCGCACAUCGUGCGACAUUCUGUACAAAGACGAUGAGCUUCACCACAACACACUAACGCGAUGGCUCUCGUGCAAGUCUGGUACAUCAAAACUUGAAUUUUAGCUACUUCU